CCCACUCCCAACCCCAGAAUGACACCAUAAUGCAAACCUCUCUGACAUAAGCUUGUAACUCCACUUGCCACAUAAUCAGUAUCCUAAUGUCUCCUAGCAGUGUCCACGGUAGUAACAUUGUCUUCAAUGUAAAAAUGUACCUAUUUGCAGUCACUACUUCUAACACUACCACCAGGAGAGCUUGAGCUGAGAAGAAACUACGGUUCUCCUUACUCAGACCCAGAACACCCCUUCCCUACAAUCUGCUAAAACAUGGUGGAUUACUAUGAAGUUCUAGGAGUGCAGAGAUAUGCUUCACCUGAGGACAUUAAAAAGGCUUAUCGUAAAGUGGCACUCAAAUGGCACCCUGAUAAAAAUCCAGAAAAUAAAGAAGAAGCUGAGAGAAAAUUCAAAGAAGUAGCUGAGGCAUAUGCGGUAUUAUCAAAUAAUGAAAAAAGGGACAUUUAUGAUAAAUAUGGCCAAGAAGGAUUAAAUGGCAGAGGCAGAAGUCACUUCGAUGAUUCUUUUGACUAUGACUUCACAUUCUGUAAGGCAGAUGAUGUCUUUACAGAAAUUUUUGAUGAAAGGGAAACAUUUUCAUUUCAUUUCUUUGAAGACUCACUUGAGGAACUUUUAAAUAGUCCAAGAAACUCCUGUGGAAGCAAAGAUACAAGAUCCUUUUUUGCUACCUCAAGUCAAUAUCCAGUUUUUGAGAGAUUUUCUUCAUAUGAUACAGGAUAUACAUCCUAUGGUUCACUGGGCCACAAGGGCCUUAAUUCAUUCUCCUCCCUGGCAUUCGAUGAAAGUGGGUUAAGCAACUACAUAACUGUUACAGCUUCAGAUAAGACUGGUAAUAGAAAUACAAACACACAGAGAAUUACUGAGAACGAUCAAGAAAUAGAAGUUGAUAAGGAUGUUGAGUUGAACUCCUUCCUUAUAAAUGGUGCGGAAGAUGAAGAAGGCUUUGCAGAAGAAUGCAGUUGGAGAAGAAAGUCACUUAACAAUUACUCACCAAAGUCCCAUAGCCUCAAACAAGUAACUCAAUAUACUUUUGUGGAUAAUGAUGAACAAGAUGUAUAUUGGGUCACCAGCAGCUGGAAUCCCUCUAUGCUCUCAGCAGGAUUAAAAGAAGAUGGUAAGAGGAAAAAAAAAAAGCAUAAAGCCGUGCAGAAGUCAACUAAAAACAAUCGUUAAAUUGAUUCUACAGACACAUUAUGUUCAUACAACAAUUGAACACGACUGUGUGUGUUUUGGUUAAUCAGUUUUGUAUGUAACAUUUAAUACUAUAUUAAGAUUAUGCUUUUAACAUGUUUAGCAGCAUUGUGGACAUUUGAUCAAAGGCUGUUUGGAUUAGGUAUGUUAGAAAAAGAUGAGUUUGUGGUGACAGUGAUUAAAAGAAUUCGGAAAAUGGGCAAAUACCAUUUUACUUUUCUUUGAGCUAAACAUUUACAAAUCACAGAGUCUUUUUCAGCAGAGUUUACAGGCCCAUUCUUUUCAUCUAUUUGAAACUACUAUGCAAACUUCUGAAAUAUGUAUAGCA